AUGGGCGCGCUGGAGCCGGCGACGGGAGCCCCCAGCGCCGCCGUCCCCAUGCUCAGCGGCGCCGCCAGCUUCGCCAAGGAGCCGCCGGGCCCCCGGGACGCCGCCGCCGCCGCCGCUUACUACGGCGAGGCGGGCGGCCCGGAGCCGGGCGCGCCGCCGCUGCCCUUCGGCGCUCCCGUGGUGCCCGCCGGCUUCGGCGGCCGCUUCCUGGGGCCCUGCCCGCCCUACCGGGCGCCGCCGCCGCCGCCCGCCGCCGCCCCGGCCGCCGCCCCGGGCUACGCGGCUGCGGCGGGCGAGGGCUACGCGGGCGCCGAGCUGUACGCGGGCGCCGAGGGCGCCUACGCGCCCGGGGCGCCGCCGCUGUGCCCCCGUGCCGGGCCGCUCUGCGCCCUGCCCGGCUACCGGGCGGCCGGCAAGGUGCAGGUGAUGCUCAACAACUACCCGCUCUGGGCCAAGUUCCACAAGCACCAGACCGAGAUGAUCAUCACCAAGCAGGGCAGGCGAAUGUUCCCGUUCCUCAGCUUCAGCCUCUCGGGGCUCAACCCCGUGGCCCAUUACAACGUCUGCGUGGACGUCGUGCUGGUGGACCAGCACCACUGGCGCUACCAGGGCGGCAAGUGGGUACAGUGCGGCAAAGCCGAGGGCAACAUGCCAGGGAACCGCCUCUACUUGCACCCCGACUCGCCCAACACGGGCGCCCACUGGAUGCGCCAGGAGGUCUCCUUCGGCAAGCUGAAGCUCACCAACAACAAGGGGGCCUCCAACAACGUCGGGCAGAUGAUCGUGCUCCAGUCGUUGCACAAGUACCAGCCCCGGCUGCACGUGACGGAGGUGAAGGAGGGCGAGGGCGAGGAGGCCGGCCAGUCCCCCCACACCCAGACCUUCACCUUCCCCGAGACCCAGUUCAUCGCUGUCACUGCCUACCAGAAUGCCGACAUCACCCAGCUGAAGAUCGACCACAACCCCUUCGCCAAGGGCUUCAGGGACAACUUUGACUCGAUGUACGCGGCCUCGGAGGGCGACCGCCUGACGCCGUCGCCGCCGGACGGCCCCGGGUGCCAGCAGCUGCCGCCGGGCGCCCGCUUCCAGCCGCUGCUGCACGAGCAGUACCCGCUGCCGCCCGGGCGCUACUACAACGGCGAGCGGGGCGCCCCGCUGCCGCUGCCCCCCAAGGACGCCCCGCGCUGGUACUUCGCCCCCCAGCAGGCGCCGGCCGAGUACGGCGCCUACGAGAGCGGCUACGGCGGCGGCAAACUGGUGCCCUACGGGGCGAAGCCGCUGGCCCUGCCGCCCGCCGCCCACCCGCCCCUGCCCUACUACGGCGAGGGGCCGGGGGCGUUCGGGGCGCCGGGCACCUGGAGCCCCGCGCAGUACGUCCCCAAGGCCGGUCCGGCGCCGCCGGGGGGGUGGUACCGGGACCCCCGGGGCCAGCCCGCCCCCCCCACCGCCAAGGCGGGCGACGCGGCCGGCUCGGGGCUCUACGAGGGCGAGUGCAAGCGGCGCCGCGUGUCGCCCCGCUGCCCCUCGAGCGGCGAGAGCUCGCCGCCCGCCGCCCGCAACGGCGACCUCUGCGACAAGGACCCCGGCGCCGGGUACUACGGCUUCUACGGCACCUGAGCCGCACCCCCCCCCCCCCCGGCCCCCGGCAGGGACUGCGCUUCAUCCCCUUUCCUCCAAAA